GCAACCAGACACACACACGAGCACGCACAAGCGCGCAGGAGCGUGCGGCCGAGCUCGCCCCGAUGCCAGGGCUGCUGCGGGGCGGCUCGCCUCUCCCAAAUCCUCCCUCCGGAGCCAUGGGGGUCUGGUGCCCCCCCAUCCCAGGCACCUGCAUGAAGCUCUGGGUGCUGCUGGUUUGCAGCCUCCUGGCGUGGAGGGUGGGUGAGACAGGGUCGGAUGCUCCAGAGAAGUUGCCCGCGCUGGCUCCGGGAGCUCUCAGCAUGAAGGAGACCUUCCUGGUGCUCUCGCUGCACAACAAGCUGAGGAGCAAAGUGCACCCCCCUGCUGCCAACAUGCAGAAGCUGGAGUGGGACGAGGAGCUGGGGCGACUGGCCGGGGCGCGGGCAGCCAGCUGCCUGGAGGGUCCCGCUCCGCCGCUGACCCCGCAGCUGGGCUGGAGCGAGACCCUGCUGCCGGCGAGCGCCGGGGGCUUCGCGGCCGUGCUGGAGCGCUGGUUCGCCGAGGCCCGGCGUUACGACUACGGGACGGGACGCUGCACCGGGAAUGCCACCUGCCACCAUUACACCCAGCUGGUGUGGGCCACGGCGGGGCAGCUGGGCUGCGGGCGGCAUCUCUGCACCGGCGGCCGGGGGCCCCGCCAGGCCUUCGCCUGCGCCUACUCCCCGGGGGGCAACUGGGAGGUGGCGGGGACGCCCGUCCUGCCCUACAAGCGGGGGCCCUGGUGCUCCCUCUGCACCGCCGGCCUCUCCGGCUGCUUCAAGUCCUGGGACCACGGCGGCGGGCUCUGCGAGGUGCCCAGGAACCCCUGUCGCAUGAGCUGCAGGAACAGCGGGCGCCUCGACAUGGGCAGCUGCCAGUGUGCCUGUCCCCCCGGCUACACGGGCAGGUACUGCCAAGUGAGGUGCAGCGGGCAGUGCCUCCACGGGAAAUUCCGGAAGGAGGAAUGCUCCUGCCUCUGCGACGUGGGCUACGGCGGAGCCGAGUGCGGCACAAAGAUUCGGUUCCCUUUCCACGCCUGCGACUUGAGGAUAGACGGCGACUGCUUCAUGGUGUCCCCUGAGGCCGACACCUACUACGGAGCCAAAAUAAAGUGCCAGGAGAAAGGGGCGAUGCUGGCCCAAAUCGGAAACCAGAAAGUCCAGGACAUCCUGGCUUUCUACCUCAGCCGCUUGGAGACUGGCAACAGAGUGACAGACACUGAUUUUGAGACUGGGAACUUCUGGAUUGGUCUCACCUACAAGACGUCCAAGGCUGCCUUCCGCUGGGAUGUGGGUGAACCGUCCUCCUUCACCAGCUUUGCUUUUGGGCAGCCGGACAACCAGGGGUUCGGGAACUGCGUGGAGAUGCAAGCGUCGGCUGCCUUCAACUGGAACGACCAGCGCUGCAAGACCCGAAACCGGUACAUCUGCCAGUUCGCCCAGGAGCACAUCGACCUGUGGCAGCGGGACCCCUGAGCCGGCAGCCCCGGCCAGCGCUGGCUGCUGUGCCGAGCCCGUGGCUCGGGAGGACUCCAGUGCUGUGCCAAGCCUGGACCGUGGGGGACCACCCCCCCAGCUCCCCCCUGCAGGGGACGGGGGGGCUGAGGGCACCCACGGCGCUGGGACCCGGCGAGACGGGCGCGCGCUCUGCGUCAGCGUCCCCGAGACGGCGGCUUCUUCUGCCCCUCACCUUCCUCCGUCACCAUCACGCUGCGACAGUCCCCAGGGUAGGGAGAUGCCCCCACCACAGCCAGCUCCAGCAGCAUCCUUCUGAUAAUUUGGCAGCCGGGCUGUGUCCGGACCACGGUCCUGAUGCGAUGGGAGGCCAAGUGGGGGGUUCUGGGGGGCGCAGACCUUGGCACUGCUCCUGGCCUGGGUGGGGACCCCCCCAGCCUGGCACCAUGGGUUCCUCACCGUCCUGGUCCUUCAUCUUCACCCAGUUCCUCACCAUUUGCUGGGUGGUUAAUAAAGACCCUCACUCCUUUGGGAA